AUGUCCUUGUCGAACCGACUUAAUGCCUUUCUAGCGAUGCCGCCCUCCCUGCGACUCGCUGUGAUCGGGGCCCCCUCACGAAUACGACCAAGUCGGAUCAGCCUUGCUUUGAAGGUUUAUAGAUCUACUGCCGCUUGGAAUUACGAUGAAGCUGCUGCCUUCUAUAUACCUGAGUCUCGACAAGGUCGCGUCGACAAUGUCUCGCUCGAAACACUUUGCAAAACAUCCCACAUGCGAUCAACUCCUGAUGAGCCUCUCCUCUCUGGACUAAGUACCCUCUUCACUAGGAAUCCCGCAACAUUCCAAUAUGGAGAAACAGAUUUCUACAAGCUCAAGAAAAACACUCUCAUCCCCGAAGUCUGUGUCCUCGGUCGAUCUAACGUUGGCAAGUCAUCUUUCGUUAAUGCUCUUGCUGGCCGAAGUCAACGAAGUCAAAACUCGCUGGCACGUAUUAGCAAGCACGCUGGAAAAACUAGAGAGAUGAAUACGUAUGGAUUUGGACCAGCACCGCUGCCGAAAGAUAUUGCCGCGUGGACUGCUGAACUUAAAGGGAAAGAGGAUAUCCCAACUCACACCUUUUACCUUGUGGAUAUGCCCGGAUACGGACACGCCUCUUUGGAGGACUGGGGACGUAAUAUCACGCUAUACCUGACCAAGAGGAUAGGCGUAAAAGGAGCCAUCAUCUUAAUCGAUGCCGAAGUUGGGCCCAAGGAGCUGGACUUACAGUGUUUACAACUAUUGAGCUCUGUCAAUAUGAGAACUUCCAUCGUUCUCACUAAGGCGGAUAAGGUUAAAGGUGGCCUACCCGCCUUGGGUGAUUUAUGUGCCAAGUUACGGGACAAUAUCCUCAAGAUUGAAAAUUCACAAGAGAAUUAUAAUUGGAAUUUGGACAGAGACGUGUUUGUCACUGCCCUUGGUGCGAGAGACGCUGCUGUCAUACAUUCAACAGCAUCGCACGCGAGAUUUGCUGUGGCUCGUUUAGCUGGGUUGAUAGAAACCAACCGACCGGACUCAGAAAAGAACGAGAAGUGGUCUGGCAAAGUUAUCUCGUUUGAAGACUUGCAGUAUGCGCCAAAGGAUUCCUUGCCCAAGAAGGUAGACAACUCUGCAUUUGCUAAACUAGAAUGGGCUGCGGGAAAGGCGCACGGGACUCGUUAUGGAAUCACACUAGAUGCGUUGAGCUCUUUUCAUUCGAGGAUUAUCACCCAACCCCAGGCUCGAAACUUCCACAGCGACAGCAAUAGGAUGAAACCCCCACGCGAACAGCGUGAUAGAGAACAGGAUUCACAGGAGAUGGUUGAUAUCUUAGACGAGUUCAUGAAAAAGAUUAGGGCUACUAACACAACUAGCAGCCAUGUUCGAAACAUGCGGCGGAAGAAUGAUAGGCGUCUACCCCCUGCACCUGAAAAACGCAACAUCCUCGGCAGACAGGAGGAAAAACUGCAGAAGGCCCUGAAGAAGCGCUUCCCCGAAGAUGCAGCUAGGUCGGAAAAAAUACGCGAGCAGAGGUCGACAAUUACGGGGGCACAGAGAGAAAAGGAACAAAAAGCCAAGGAAGAAGAAUGGCCCACUGACUUUCCUUCGCCGCGGGGCAAAGACGCAUUUAAGGCUCUAGUGACGCAACCGGCAUCGGAAGACGUCUCGCCAUCAUCUUCAGGACAAACUAAUAAGAAGAAACAAACAGGCCAGAAAAGCUCUGGCAAGAAACAAUCAAAGCGAAACGUGAAAGAGGUGGAGAUGGACGAGUUUGAUGCCAGAUUUGCCAAAGCACUUUCAGGAAAAUAUUAG